CAUCCAGUGAAUGUUUCACACUUUCGACCAGGAGGUUAUCAAUCUUCCCCGCCAAGACCUUUCCAUAGAAAUAUCAAUACUUCUCCGAGAAUGCUUCCGUGUAACCAAUCCUCCUCACAAUUUCGCCGUGGCAUACAUCUUACUGGUAAUCGUGAGUACCUCGGUGCGCUUGCGUAAUAUAUGAUGGACGUUUUCUGCAACUCCGCAGAGCGUUUUCAAGCGUUGUCUGCAUUGCCCGUUCCCCAGGUUCCAGCGGUGAGGUCCUGCCGCGCAUUGCCACCUGCGAUGGUUGAAGUAGAGCCUCCGUCAAUGCCGCAGUGGCUGGCCUCCACCAUUCACAGCUCCCUCAACCCUCCACUAGCUCAAGCAGAAUUUAUCGAAAGAGUUUCACGCCCGGAGCAAAACCAUAACGAUCUUAUGUCUCCAGAGUCCAGGAAGCGUCCAUACCAAUCACCAACGCCAUCUCCACUGCCACAACGUGCCAAAAAGUCUACGCCGAAACGUAAAAUUGCGGCCUCGUCAGUUUCACUCGGUGAUCACCGAACUUCUGUGUACGCGUUCGAUGAUGAUCCUGACGCUAACUGGAGCACGGUCACGAAACCAGUGAAGAAAAAGAGUAAGAAUUAUAAGCCCGGUCACAUAUCGUCAUCAGGACCGUUCAGUCUCCGUCUUCCUGGUAUUGCUGUCGGAAAUUCGAAGGGCCGGAGUACAGACGUGACGCGGACAGAGAAGAAGCUUGGUACUCAGACAAAGAGACGUGUUAUCACGUACCUCCCACCACCACUACCACAGCGCACCGUAGCACAAAUGGAAAAUUCGUUCCAGAUCGAAGAACACUACGUCCCCGAUAACAACGCUCCCCCCUCUGCGUCCACGUCAGCUGUUCAGCCACCACAAGAGAGCGGUCGCGUAUCUCCUCUACCACUAGCCGACUCUGAUGAUUUGACAUUAGUGAAUGGAGUGGACGAGCAAGUGGUCACAUUUGAUACUGGAGAGGUGAAGGCGCGGUAUCCCAAAAUUCGCAAGCUCAUCAAAGAGACUCGCGUUAUGCUUCCGGAGCUGCUGGGUCUUCCGAGUUGUGGGAUUGUAUGGCGGGACGAUGAUGUCGCACGAGUGGACGACACUGAAAAUAGAGAAAUCAAGAUAAGCGUUUGGCCUUGAUUGGCGCGUAGGGCUAUCACAUCCAUUGUGUUGCUAAUGUCCGCUAUUCGGCUGCUGAACAGACUCGCCUAUAAAGAAGAACGGGACAAUACUACAGUUUAUUUUUAUCGGCACUCUAUAGAAGAUGGUGUAUAUUCGAUGGUCCAGAGACGGGAAAUCGCCUGUAAUUCUUAUCACACAAUUUAAACGAGUAUUCAUUCGUCUGUGGCAUAAUGUCAACCAGAAUUUAACCCAG